CGUGUGCGUGCGUGUGUUUCCUCUGCUGCUGCUGAAUCAUCCACACACACGCACACUCAUAAAAACACUGGGCUUUUAUUUUGACAGUUCUCUGCUGACUCCGCAUGAGCAGGAUUCUAAGGUGGGCCCGUGCAGGUGACAGAUCUCAGUGGGAGACCCCGUAGCGUGGAUCAGACCGAGGCUCUGCGGAGACUCUGCUGCCGCCGCUGCUGCGUCCUGCCCCGGGUGAGUGUCCUCCGACCUCCCGGUGAAUCCUCCCGGUGGGCGUCCUCCCUCCUCCCGGUGAAGGUCCUCCGUCGUCCCGGUGAAGGUCCUCCGUCCUCCCGGUGAAUCCUCCCGGUGCACCGCCUCCACGUCCUCCCAGUGCACGUCCUCCGUCCUCCCGGUGAAUCGACGCUUUAUUUACCGGAACUCUUCGUGUUUAUUCCGGAUUGAACCGAACUCGGAUCCUCCGGAGCCUCUGGACCCGGACGCCGUUUCCGCUUCCAGUCGACAGCUCCACUGGCUCUUUCUCCAUGGUGAAGUGGGCGGGGUCUGAUGUCAGCCCCUCCCUCUUGUCUCGUCGACACUCCUGCCAUGCCGACCAUGGUUUCUAGGCUGCCCAAGUUUGGUUCGCGGCCCAAAUCCAUCACAGCCUCCAAUGGUGCUCAGAUUCCGACCGCGAACACCGGCACCGUCAUCAGCGCUGCUGCGACCAGCACCCUCCUCACCAACGGGUUCUACCAUCAUCCUGGGCCGAUGGGGGUCAACGGUAGUGUAACAGCGCCCCCCUCUGCUGUCAAGAAGAAUGGAUUCAUCAGAGUGCCGACUUCGUUUUCCAUGAAAUGGAGGAAGGAGAACAGUACAACAGAAGAUGGCACCUACGCAGAGCGGGAGUGGAAAAGAGGAACAGGUGGGAAUGUUGGGCAGAAUCACUCUGGCAACAACAUCCAGUAUUAUUACCAACGACAACAGGGAUCACCAGUGGUGGUGCGAGAAGCCAAAAAGUCGACCACAUCCUUGGCAGGAAACAUUCGUGGUUAUAGUCCGCCUGUGACAUCAUCGUCGUCUCCGUCACCACAGUCCAGCCCAAGAACAAUUCCUGUUUCUAAACUUGGAUCUCCUGGUUCCAAACCGAGUCAGACUACGUCCAGGAUGACCAACGGGACAAAACGGGCUCCCACUGGUCUCGCUGGAUCUCGGCCAUGGACUGUAUCCAAUAGUUCCCUGAGACAGCCUCACAGUUUUGCUCGUGCCGGUUCUCGAUCCGGUUCCCCCUUCCUGAAGAAACCACCAGCCAGCCGCUCACACUCCAGCGACUGCCUACCCUCCGCUGCGCCUGUCCAGCUGACUGAAAACGACCGAUCGCGUAGCCUCACCCAGGUCCGACAGCAGCCGUCCCCCAUCCUCAUCCGUUCUUACUCCAAUAAGAGAGCUGCUGAGCGAGGCCUCAAAGAAUCAACCCCUGCCUCCUCUCUGGCUCCACCUAGAGGCAGUUUGGUAAAAUUACCUGUUAUUAGCCACACUCCAGAGGGAAGUGGGGGAGGGGUCAAAGCUCCUGGGAGGUCAGGGGUCAGCAUCCCCUCCCUCCUGCCCCCCUCUGCCUUAAAGAAACCCCUCCUACCCAGCCCCGGCCCCGCCUCCAAGCCCAGCGGUAUCAGCUACAAGCUGUCACGCCCGUCACUCCUCAAGCAGCCCCGCCCCCUGCGGGUGACCCCGGCCAGCGUGUCAGCAGGUGAACAGGAAGUGAACCCAGGACUGAACUCAGCGGAGCCGGCGUCUACGACAGAAAACAGCCCAGAAAGAAGCCCAGAGGCCCCAGAGCCGGAGGGACUGUCGACGGACCCCAUGUCCCAGACAGAGGUGUCGAUUGUGGCGGAGACACUGGAGGACAUGUCCCUGUCUUCAGCAUCAUCUCUGGACAGAAACGACACCAGUCAGGAGUAUAUGGACGACUUCGACAACCUCGGAAAUGGAGGAGUUGGUUUGAUGCUCCUUUCCUCCAAAAACGAUGAAGACGACUCGGGCCUCGACCAAUCAUGUGCCAGGUUUGACGAGGACAAGGCGGCCAGUAGCGGUGCCACUAAGGCAGCGGGUCUGUGUUUCCUGGAGGACGGGAUGGACGGGAUGGACGGGAUGGACGGGAUGGACUGGGCCGCUGUGAGGUUAAGUGGCGAUCGAGCGGAGCAUCAUUUGACUCAGCUCUCACGCAGGAGAAGGUCGAGUCAGCCGGAUUAUCACGAGCAGGGUGGCUCGUCCCUGGACCUCUCGCCCUCCGACAGCUGUGGGUCGGGGGGCACCUACAUGUGGGACGAGGAGGGUCUGGAGCCCCUGGGGGGCGCCGUCCCCACCGCUUCCAUCAACAGCAGCAGCACCCACCACAUCGGGAGCUUCGGCUCGGACGCCAACAGCAUCGACGUCUUGAACACCCUGGACUCUUGUGAUCUGGAGGAUGAUGACCUCAUGCUGGAUGAAGACUUUGCAGAAGAGGUCUCCCUCCACAGCGACGGAGACGGGAUGUCCAACAUGGCUCAGUGGAGGAGGAGGCAGCUCUGCUGGGGAACGCAGGACGUCCAUGACAAUGAAAGUGACCUCCAGUGUUACAAGCUCGCUGAGGAUCCUGGGAAUAAGAGAACAGACGCCACCAGGGACCAUGACCUCAUUCUUGACCUCUGUCCUUCAAGGACUCCUGGUCCUCGUGCUGUGGAUGUGGACGAACUGGCUGACGACUGCUCUGCGCUGCGAUCACAGCUGGAGAACCUCCAGAUGUUACUGCUGCAGGAGGACGAUGUGGACGAAGACACUCUGACCACAGACACUCUGAGUCCUGAGACCAACCCAUCGUCACACAGCUCUGACGCUCAGGUGCAGGCUCUCCUGCAGGAGGUGCAGCAGCUCAGGGAGGAGCUGAGGAGUCGGGACCGAACCAUCGCGGAGCUCACACUGCAGCUGACUGUUCCCACGGCGACUGCUAGGUGUCGCUGUCAGGAGAUGACGGGAACGAUGGAUCGACACACACAGACGAGCAUGACGGAGAGAGAGAGCGUGGCCUCGCAGACGCCCUGGAGAGAGCACACGUCACAGAUACUUUACUCCUCCGGCCAGGACGACCAGGAACCACUGACCGGCCGAUUGUCCACGCCACCGCCUGCCCAAGCUCCGCCCCCAGCUCGCCCCUGCUAUGAGACGCCUUCUGACACAGACGCAACUGACUGCACGACCGGGGAAAGAGAGGAUGAUGGGAAAAGUUCAAUGAAAGAGCCCAGAGCCCCCAGCAGAUCACUGAAGCUCCCGCAGCCCUCCAAGCUCCGCCUCUUCCUGUCUCAGACCUCCAGCACGGCCCCCCCCUCGACGACCAGGGCGUCCAGGCAGCCGGCGACCGUUCGUGACCCAGAGAGCCACGCCUCUUCUGGGGUAAAGCUCAGAACGCCGGACUUUACGCUCGGCUCGUCACGCCUCCCGAAACCAAAGAGCCACUGAGAGCGCUCGUCUGGCAUCAGCUUCCUACCGCGCAGCGACGUGAGUCCAGCAACCGCACGUUCCCCCCCCGAGCCGCACGAGUCUGUUCUGAAGGAAUGAAAAAUAUAUUUAUCUAAUAUUAUUUAUUUAUUUUUCAUUGAAGACAAUAAAGAGUAAAGUUUUUAAAUUAAAUGAUCAAUAGGAAAACACAGAUUUUAGUUUAAAGACUUUUCUCUGCCACUGAUCUCUUCCCACCAGCAGGUGGUGGUGUUGGACUAGUUUCAGCUAUUGUUGCGUUUAAUAUAUCAGCCCAAAUUUUUUACAUUAUUCAUUUAGGUUGUUGUAGCGGAGAAGAUGUUAACGUGUUUAACAUUUCUAAAUGAUCCCAAACACCUUUCCUGCUUGUUAAUCUGGUAUUAGCAUUCUGACGGGGUAGUUAGCAUGCGAACUUGUUAAUGACGGAUUAGUGGCUGCUAAUGCUAAUGUUGGUGGCUAACAGCUAACAACCUCAUCACAUCGAAACUAAAGUGUCUCAUUUAUUCCAUUUUUAAAAUUAGAUUUAUAGCUAAUUCGGGUUUCAGUAAAAUAAAGUGUAUCCAGAAAUUAUAAAUGUUAAGUUAUUUUGUGAUUGUACGUUUAGUAUUAUAUUUAUUCCCGCUCGCUGCGUGUUAGGAACCAGUGUCUUUAUCCCUCGGUGCCUGAUUCACUGGCGCGGUGGGAACGUGGUGGCGCCUCCUCCUGGACGAACUCCAACACUGGCUUGUUUGUUUCAGACCGACUCAAACCUGCUGCUCACAUCAACUCCUCUGACGUCAGAAAAAUCUUUAUCCAACCUUAUUUCCAUGUGACUUUGUCCGUGUCGCAUGUUCGACCCUCGCUUCGUGUUUGGUUCCACGUUCUCCUGAACGUUCCCUGUUUGAGAAAUUCUCCUCCUCCGCCCUCUGAUGGAGAAUCUGUCUGAAGGUUCUAACGUCCGUUUGAACGACUCAUCGUAACGAGACGACAUCGAUGCACCGAGACCGAGACACAAACUGGUUCCACUUUCUCUCCAGCGACCAAUCAGAGACUCCGACUGAUGACACGUGAUCGUCUGACUUUUCCCUCCAGCUCCGCUUGCUUCGAUAUUAUAAACAGUAUAUACAAGACACUAUGCAACAAAGUGGCUGGUUCAACUCGUCCUGCCCGAGUUCCUCUGAGCCAGAGCAGAGACGCAGUCGUAUGAACAUUUAUGCAAAUAACUGACAUAGUGUAGGUUCACGUUUCAUCCAGAUGAUGAUGAAGAGCUUGACCGCCGUGACACGGAUGAACUCAAAUAUCAACAUGUAAACAACAACAACAUUAUCAGCUGAUCAAUCGUCUCAGUUUAUAACGAAGGAGGCGUCCCUCCUCUUCAUCCUUUUCCUUCUAUAACACUACACACACACACACACACACACACACACACACACACACACACCUGAGAGCAGCAGGUACCACUCCAGUGUUGUAGAUAAACCCAGUUGCCAUGGUGAUGUAGUUGGACAGCCAUGGCAACCGUGUGUGUGUGUGUGUGUGUGUGUGUGUGUGUGUGUGUGUGUGUGUGUGUGUGUGUGUGUGUGUGUGUGUGUGUGUGUGUGUGUGUGUGUGUGUGUGUGUGUGUGUGUGUGUGUGUGUGUUUCUGGGUCUUAACGAAGGAUUUGUUCAUGAAGAGAAAUAAAUAACCGUUAAUCUUCCUCCCGGCUGCUCGUCGUCCAAUCAGAUUCAGGCCUCAUGUAGUUUUAACUUCAUUUAAUCAAAUUCAGCUUCAGCUCUGAACCGAGUGAAACUUUAUUUUGAUUUUCACUUUAAAUGUCUUUGUUAUCUAGAGUCUGAAAAAGACCAAUUAGUCGCUGAUGAUUAUAAAUUCUCUGUUUCCAUUUGUUAAUUAAUCACAGUCGCAAAACUCCCGACAUUCUGAAGAUAUUUCACAUUAAAAGUCUUUUCUGCGAGGACACAGCUGCCUGAAGACUUUUAAUGUGAAGGAUCUGCAGGAAGUGUUCACUGACGACAGUAGAAAAGAAAAGUGUAGAAACAGGAGCAAGUUUCUAAACCUGGUGAUUCCCCAAAUAUAAAAAACAUCUUAAAACGUGACACAAAUGUGAAUAAAUUAUAACAUUUAAUAAUCUCUGUUGAUGUCCGUUUGGUCCUGAAGUGAAACCAGGUGAAGGAUUGUGGAUGUUUUCACCGUCAGCUGCUUCAGGGUCGAUAUAUCUCUGUAUUUCACUCACUGUCUCGAAGUGAAACGUUUAUUAUCAACAUCAGAAUGUUGUCCUCACUCUUCAUGUCUGUACAGUUUAUCCUUCACUUUUAUUUUGAAAGGCGGAAGGACAGGUAUUUUAUUUUGACAGACCUCCUGCCAUUUCCUGUAUCGUUAAAAUGUUCAUGUAAUAACUUGCCGGCGUUUUCAAUCUCGCCACCGCACAACGUUUAUUUAUGUGACUGUACAAACUGCUGUGAUGAAUAAACUCGUGUUAUUGUUAUUGAUGUAAUUACACUGAAGCUCGAGCUUGUGAAGCGUCUCGCUCUGAAAAUGCACUUUAAUGAAACAGAGCUUCGACCAGUUCGACUCUGAAACAACUUUUAUUUCUGUUUUUUUGUUUUUAUUGAGUUUUAAAAUCGGGUUAAAUCUGCGUUCAUGUGCUGUGAUGUCAUCAGGAAGUUCGGCCUCAUGUUAAAGUGUUAAACGUCCUGAACGACAAAUUUAUUCAAAUAAAACAAGACAUCGACUGAUUUAUUUUGGAAUCAGAAAAAAACUAUUUUGUUUAUUUACAAAUGUUUUGUGACGUGAACGCUGCGUCAGUUGCUAUUUUGACCUUUGAACCCUGCUCUCAUUGGUUCAAACCUGCAUUGGAGCUGUUUCAUUGGUUUGAGUGUGACGACGUCUGUCUUCUCAUGUACGAUUGGCCGACACCUCUCUGCCUGUAGCUCAUUGGUUCAUGUUGAUGGUUCUCUUCUGUCAUUGGCUGAAAUAAAAAUAAUCCACAUGAAAA